UUGAUAGUCAGUCACGGUCGGUCAGUCGAUAGGCGACUGCGAAGCGGGUCGGACGCGCGCGCGGUCCGCUCCUGAAUCAUUCACGAUUUCAUACGCAUAUUUUGUUUAAAAAUUAUUUUAAUAGUGUGUGAACUUUUGUUUAUCUGUUUAAUUACGUAGUAUUCUCGGUUACUAUGAUUCCAGCGAUUGGUUGAGAAAAUUGAGAAGGAACACAAAUGUGCAAAUGUCGGAGCCUGACAGUGCGGACCUUCCGACACAGCCCUAGGAUGAAACGCAAACCCCUCCCCCCCGUGCGGGAGGAGCCCCCCUCACUCCCCUCGAGCAAACACAGCGACUUUGCCAUCUACGCCAUGGUGACAGCCACCGCUGUUCUCAGUUAUAUUAACAGCUUAAACGGUGACUUUGUUCACGACGAUAUCCCGGCUAUAGUGACUAAUGGUGACGUCACAGGGACUAAUUCUCUGAAGCAGUUGUUUUUGGACGACUUUUGGGGCACUCCGAUGGCUGAUGUGAACAGUCAUAAGUCGUAUAGGCCUUUGACUACGCUUUCAUUUAGAUUAAACCAUGCCCUUUCAGGGCUCAGGCCGUGGUGGUGGCAUGCCAGCAAUGUAGCGCUUCACGCCGCGUGCUGCGCUUUAGUCGCUCGCGCGUGCGUCACUAUAGCGCGGCUGCAGCGGCCUUUUGCAGCGCUGGCUGCGCUGUUGUUUGCUGUACACCCUGUACAUACUGAAGCGGUGGCCGGUGUGGUCGGUAGAGCCGACGUGCUAGCUUGCAUAUUUUUUCUAUCGUCCUUAUUAGUAUAUCAUAGACCAUCCAGCAACAAGAAAUGCGUAUGGCUGAGUAUAGUGCUCGGCGCGUUGAGCAUGCUCGCCAAGGAGACUGGUAUCACUAUACUAAUGCUCAACUUAUUGUUCGAUUUCUACCGUUGCUGGCCUUUCGUUAGGAGGUCACUCUGCUCAUUGAAAAUUGAGAAGAAAUGCACAGGGCUGUCAAUACGUACAAUAAAAGUGGUGGUGUCACUGGCCUUGCUGAUCUGUCUGAGGUUGGCGCUGCUACAGGGCACGUGGCCCACCUUCUCGUCACAGGACAACCCAGCUGCUUUCCAUCCUAGCUUCUUUGUGAGGUUGAUGACUUUCUGCUAUCUUGCCGCCUUCAAUUGGUGGUUGCUGUUGUGUCCCUGGUCUUUGAGCCACGACUGGCAAAUGGGGUCUGUUCCGCUCAUAGCCAGUGGGUGGGACCCUCGGAAUCUGCUCACCUGUGCUGCUUUCGGGGCCUUGCUGCUACUCUGCUAUAGGUGUAUCGCUGAUUUGGAGGUCCAGCGACACACCCCAGCGGUAAUUGGUCUUCUGCUCCUGGUGAUUCCCUUCGUGCCUGCCAGCAAUUUGCUGGUCACAGUCGGUUUUGUGAUCGCGGAACGAGUACUCUAUAUACCUAGUGUGGGAAGUGUAAUAAUCACCGCAUACGGGGUCCAGCUGAUGUGGUACUCCAAGCCCGGUACCAAGGUGUGCCUGGUCGUCGGCCUAGCUGUGUUAGCUGCCAGCGGCGUCGCCAGGACGUACAGGCGAAACGCCGAUUGGAGAGACCGCGCUACACUUCUCAGGGUGGAUCUAGCGACUUUACCGCAGAACGCCAAACUGCACUACAACUUAGGGAACUUUCUGCGCGAAACCGAACAGCAGGAAGGCGCCAUCAAACAUUAUAAAGAAGCGCUCAGGUUAUGGCCUAGCUAUGCAAGUGCACACAACAACAUGGGCACUCUAGUGGCGGGAUCCGAUAACGCUGAACAACACUUCUUACAUGCCAUCAAGUUCAACAAGAAUCAUGUCAACGCGCAUUAUAACCUUGGGAAACUGUACAAAAAAAGCGGUCGCUCCCACCAAGCCAUCGCAAUGCUAGAGAAGUGCAUUUGGCUGCAACCGAAGUUUGUCCAGGCACACGUGGAACUACUAUCUUUGAAGCCAGAAAGAGACAAGAAGAUGAUACUGACCAAGCUUCUCGAGUUAGAUCCGAGUAAUUGGGAGCAUUUUGUACUGUUCGGAGACUGGUUUAGAACUAAGGGAUUUGCAGCACCAGCUUCUAAGUACUACUUGGAGGCUUUACGACUGAACUUCAGACACCGCUACGUGGAAAAGGCGGUGAGAUCUGACCUCAUUUCACUGCGUUCCACCGCGCUCAUGUACAGGUCUCUGGGGCAGAAGUCCAGGAUCUUACAGCUAAUAACCAGGUGGCACACCUGGCGUCGAGGCUGGCCGAGUGCUGCCGCACAUAUUUACUUGCGAGACUGGAGACUCAAGAUGGAGUUAGAAGGCCGCUCACAGAUCUACUCCCGGGCUGUGAGCCCUACUAAAUCUACAACGUGUUUCGACCACUCACAGCUGUCAGGGAAUGGCAAAAUCCAAGAAAAAAAUCAUUUACUAAGGGAACCUGUACAACGACAUUUAAACAGUGUCCCUCCAAAUGAAAGUGACAAAAGUGAAUGUGGAAAAAAGUGUACAACAAAAAAACGUGUUUCAAUAUCCUCCCAAAUCAAAAUGACUCAUAACAAAUCUGAAACUAGACAUGAUAAAAAGAAAUGUAAUUUACAUAGAAAAGACAAAGAUGUUAAAAAUAACGAUGUAUCUAUAACGGGUCCUUUAUCUGAUCAUAUUAUUUUGAAAACCUUUUAAAAUUUAAAGUGUGAUAUUAUAAGCGUGAUUUAAUAAGUAGUGUUUGCGCUUGCAAAUAUUGUUUUGUGAAAUGACAUUAGAUAUAAUCAUGCAGACAAUAUCGCAAGAAUUGUAGAUAAGAAAAUGGACGACGCUAGAAAUUCUAUUGAUGUUUAAUGAAAAGCUCAAAAAAUACCAUACAUGUAAUUUAUUCUGGAGGCUUUUGAAAAUGAUAAAAUAUAAUUUUUUGAAAUAUUCCAUACGAGUCAUAAAAUGUGACAUCUAAUAGAAUUUGAAGUAUCGAAAACAUUAGAUAGAUAACUAAUUUAUAGGUUUGUAGAAAUUGAAAAUGAAAAUAUAUUUUUGUCAAUGGUUCGAUAGGUGAUUUUUGAACAAUGUUCACAAUGUUUUUACGCUAGUAUAAAAUGUCGAAACAGCUUUAUUUAAAUCAUCAUAUUAUGUAAUAUAGUUCUGUCUUAUUAUUAUUUUUAAUUCAUGUCAAGUACGAAACCACACUCUGUUCAGUUUUGACAUUUGUAAAAUGUUUUCAGAACUGAUUUCAGAACACAUACUUUCCAAAUAAAUAGAUAUUAUCUGCAAGAUAUUCCAGAAAAUAAUUUGCUUUGAUUGUAUAUCCAGAUUCAUUAAUUUAAUUACCGUUUUUUGAUGAAAAUGGUUUUGUAAUUAUGUAAAAUUGGAAUCUCAAUAAACCAAUGUAGAAAAUUAAAAUCAAUUUUAAAAAAUCCAUUGAAAAUGUAUGUAAAGCUGUUUUUACAUUACCUACAAGAUGUGCCAGAGCCAGCUUACAAGUUCGCUUAUUCAGAUGAUAAGAAUCACGAAUGCUUUCUUCAUAAGAAAUACAUUUUGUACAGUUAGAAUCACCCCUGCAAUGUAUUGAAACCGUGUUUAACCAAACAUCUCAAUAGUAACAAUAAGACUUGUACAUAGUAAUAAUUAGGACAUAAAUAGCACAUGCAAAAGCUUUGAAUGUAACUGAGAAUAAACAAUUGAUUAACUUU